AUGAGUCUUUACUCCACCAAAUCAGCGCAUCUAUGUUUGUUGCUCGAGGACAUUAUGCUCCUUUAUCGUGAAGAAACCACAACAUUGUUACAUCGUUUCAUCCGGGCCCGGUGUAGACGGGAGAGGCGUCAGAUUGUUGAGCACGCACGGCGACACAGCGUGCUCAACAAGAUCACUGCACAGUUAAAGUACUUAGACCGGCUACUGCACGUCACAAAUUCUACCUGUGUAUCCAAUCUACGCAUGGACCGUAACACGUUUGGUAGGUUGUGUCGUUUACUUUCUGAGAGGGGGGCUGACAGUGGAACUGUAUCGUAUUAUGCGCAUAAGGUACUUGCUGCUGUACUUAGCCUUUAUCAUGUGCUCCUUGCGAAACCGGCACCCGUUCCGGAUGAUUGCACCGACCAUCGUUGGCAGUGGUUUAAGUUUGUGUACUUGCUCCCUGGCUGGGAAGGCUCUGCAGGAGACUCUCGCGUCCUCAGGGAUGCAGUUUCACAUGCCGGUGGGCUAAAAGUACCUCAAGGUUGCUAUUACCUUUGCGAUAAUGCUUAUGCAAAUAGCAAUGGGUUCCUCAUACCAUUCAAGGCAGUACGCUAUCAUUUCAAGGAGUGGGGUCCUGGCACCGAGGCUCCCCAAACCCCGAAGGAAAUCUUCAACAUGCGGCAUACCAAAGCUCGAAAUGUGGAUCCGGUGGAACUUGAAGUAGACCCAAUCAUGAACACAACCAACACAGAGGAAGAUAAUGUUGGUGGGGAGUAUGUUGACUGUGUUGAGCCGUCUUCCGAUUGGACUCAGUUCAGAGAUAGUCUAGCACUCAACAUGUGGAAUAACAGAUGA